CGAGAGAGAGAGCGAGAGAGAGAGAGCGGUGGGGGAAGAGAGGCCGGACACGGGCAGGGCAGGCGGAGCAACUUGCGUUUCUCUCCCCCCCUCCUCCUCAUUCUCUUCCUCCUCCGUCGCUCUGCGCACAUCACGCCUCGUCUCCUCUCCUCUGUCUUCUGUUUCCACACGAGUCUGCGCCGCAACUUCGUGUGCAGCAACAACAACAGCCAAAAAAAGUGCCGAUUUAAAGCAAGCCGGUCCAGUGCAGUGGCUAAAAGGGGACCCGUAUGUGGGUUGGUUUAACGAGGAAGUCUGCAGGGCUCGAAUGUUUUCACGAUGCGAAGUCUUAGCAGCUCCUUGAGCCGAGCGCAGCGCGCGUAGUCGUAGCUGGUAGUGACAGUGGUGAUUCCAGUGGGGCUCCGUUUCGUGUCGUUUGGUUGCACGCGUUAUUUCCGCUCAGCUAUGCCGAAAUAGUUUGAAGCGACUUCUUCUCGGCUCGGCCGUAGGGAGGGAGACGCGUCCCGGUGUCCACGUGCGGUGUCGUGUGGUGCGGUGCGCAUACAGUGCACGCACCGCGCUACUUAGGCGCGCAAUACGCCCGGCGCCGGAUUAAUUGAUAGAAAGAACCAUUCCCUGCAGCCUGGGGUGGUCGGAGAGGCGGUUCAAUUGCUCGCCACGUCUCAGAUUUAAAGCAACAGAAACAUCAUCGGUAAAGCGGGCAGCAUAAGCGGCGGUCUUCGCCACGUACGCCGAUUGACGCGUGCGGUUACUCCUCACUGUGACUCCGUAACCCAAACAAACCCUCUCCCCCCCCCCCCACCACCAAUGCCAUCGCGGGCUCUCAUCAGCCCACCAACAGCUCGCGUCACCGGUGGCUUGGUGAUGAUGAUGAUCAGUCUGACAAGGAUGGUGGUGAUGAGUGCGGCAUGAAUUCGACCUCGUUCGCUUGCCUCAAUCAGCAUUAUUCUUUGUUUGAACAAAAAGAAGCUCACCGAGGAGGGUUCGUCUGACAGCGUAGAGGAGGAUUGUGCUUGUAAGGGAAGAGAGUGUGGCUGUUGUGUGUGUGCCUGGUUAGCCCACGCAUAGCAUAGGGGUAUAGCAUAGGCGCACAGCCGAGUGCACAAAGGGCUGCGUGGUCUUAGGGAUUCUCCAACCGCCGUGUCACCAUCAUCUGCUACACGUUGGUGUCAAGAGGACUUUAAACAUGUUGGUGAAAGAAUACCGGAUCUGCAUGCCGCUCACUGUGGACGAGUACCGCAUCGGGCAGCUCUACAUGAUCAGCAAGCACAGCCACGAGCAGAGCGAGAAGGGCGAGGGCGUGGAGGUGGUGCACAACAAGCCCUAUGAAGACCCGGUGCACGGCACGGGCCAGUACACGGAGAAGCGCGUUCACCUGUCCAGCAAAUUGCCGAGCUGGGCCCAGGCGGUUGUGCCCAGGAUAUUCUACGUGACGGAGAAGGCAUGGAACUACUACCCGUACACCAUCACAGAGUACACGUGCUCGUUCCUGCCCAAGUUCUCCAUCUACAUCGAGACCAAGUACGAGGACAACAACGGCUGCAAUGACCACGUGUUCGACAGCGAGACAAAUAACGUGGAGAGAGAAACUUGCAAGGUGGACAUUGCGUACGAUGAACUUCCGGAGCGCUACUACAAGGAAUCUGAGGAUGUGAGGCAGUUCAAGUCUCUGAAGACGGGACGGGGCCCCCUGGCCGAGGGCUGGAGGGACACACUGGGGCCCAUCAUGUGCUCCUACAAGCUCGUCACCGUCAAGUUCGAGGUGUGGGGCCUGCAGACGCGCGUGGAGCAGUUCGUGCACAAGCAGGUGGUGCGGGAUGUGCUGAUGGUGGGGCACAGGCAGGCGUUUGCCUGGAUCGACGAGUGGUACGAUAUGAGCAUGGAGGACGUGCGGGAGUACGAGAGGACCACCCAGGCGGCCACCAACCGGAAGAUCGGCAUCGUGCCUCCGGCCAUCUCCAUCUGCGACGCGAGCGCCGGCUCUUCCAGCAGCGGCCGGGGGGGCGGGCCCUCCAGUGCCCCCACCACUCCGCUCACGCUGGACGCUCCCGACUUCCUCGGCCUGCCUCGCGACCGUCCCCGGAAAAGCUCCGCUCCGGAAACCCUCACCUUGCCCCAGCUCCGCGAGAAAAACACCUAGCGGGUGGACACGAGACGCCCGCUGGCUUUUUCCCCUCUCUCUCUCUUCUCCUCCUCCUGUUCCAGGCGAACACCUCGGCGAGCCGCGGAGCCGUCGCGGUGUUUUUAUUUUUUUUGGCUCUUCGUCAUUUUUUUUUAUUUUUAAAAUUUCCGUCAUCCCCUUCCCCCGCUCGAUGCUAUUUCUGCUUUGUGCUGCAAUCGCUAUUGAGGCAUGCUCCUCCGCAAGGGAGACGGGUAGCACCCGGCCCCGUUGUCCCCUUUACACAUUCUCCCCACUUCCCCCUCGCUCACCUACUUCCGUAGCCAAGAGCGGGAGGUCGAACGUUCGAAACGGUACGUUGCGAGGAGAGCUGUGCGGGCGCCCCUAGGGAGCGCCGUCUUGCUCGCCCGUGAGAGACCGGGGCUCAUGUGAGGUUUCGGGACUUUGUAGCAAAGCACGAAAGGUAGCGUUUAAGAUAGGCAUUGAGGGAAACGGAGUGCCGGUGGUCUAUCGACGGAAAACGUUGGUUGGUGCAUGCAUGAGAAGAACAGGUAGUGUAGUUUGUUGAAAGCCUAGUUAAGGCUUUUGGACUAGAUUCGUCAUUUUACACUGGUUUGGUCUAGUACUUUCUAAUCGUGGCCAAGUAACCAAAACCAUUUUGAAUAAUCCUCAAGUGGAGGCUGAGUAUUGUCUUGAUUGACAAAGAGAAACUAAAGCUUACGUGCAUAAUGCAAGCGUUCUAAGUGUUUUGUACAUUGUUGAGUGGCAUCCCAAGUGUCCAUACUGAGUCAUUGUUUCCUUCACGUAAAAAAAAAACCCUUGUGUUUUAAGAGCUCCUCGUCCACUUGUUUUCACGCUUCUUGUGCUCAUUGGAAAACAGCACGGGCCCAAUAUCGGCCACUUGAAGGCCACCGCGAGAGAGUUUAUUAUUUUUUGGAGGACCGCAUCACAAAGGGACAUUGCUGCUUAGGCAUUGAUAACAAAUCCACCCCCCCCCCCCCCGCGAUGCCCUGUUGCCCGCAUAUUGCGCUGCCGCUGGCGGACGCCACAAUCGCUGUGUCCGGGGUAAGCGGCGAGGUGGCCCUGUUGAAUAAACUGCAAGCCAAUUCAGGACAAAAAAAAAAUCCGUGUUAAAUAUUACAAAACACGCGUGCGUGCGUGCUUCGCGUCGCAUGUGGCGUGUUAAUCUUUUUUUGCGGAAACGACCAGCAGGGAAAAUUGUACCCCACAGAAAUGUUGCCCUGAUUGAUUCUGCGGCUCGGAUGAUGGACAAGGGAACGGGUGAAGCGAGGAGCGUUUUUUUUUUUUUGUCGAAGAAUUGUAAUUCAUCGGCAGCCUCCCGUGGACCGCUGACCUUUUCUGGAAUAUUGCGAGUGGUGGCCGAUGGGCGUGCUCUAACUGCAAGCCACGGUACAGUGGGUGCCUGCAAAAUCCACAUGAUUGGUGUCCAAAACAGCCAUAAACUUCCCCCAUUAUUAUUGCCCUCUCCUGCCAUGGAUCCACUCAAAAUAUAAUUCUCAUUUAAUUUGGCUCCAGUUGCCAAUGAUGGGUCUCCCAAGGUGGAUGAUUAACCUUGAAAUGAGUGCCCGUGACAGGCAUGCUUUGGUAGCUCGCUCCGGGCCUUUUGCGCUUUGGCGCAGCCUGCAUUUACGCGUUCAACAAAUCUCUCACUUGUAAAUUUGAUAACAAGCGUUGAUUGCAAAUGUCCACCGAUUGGCUGACUGUUGAAAGAGAAAAAAAAAUAGGGACUCUGCUCUGGCCCUUGAGGUAUGACAACAACGAUCAAUUUGUGACUCAUUUUAAAGACGAAUUACAGUGAAGCGUGCCAUCUGUAAUGUGCUUGAUUAUUUGCUUAGUGAAGCGAGUUUGCUCAUUUAGUAGACACGUGUUGGUUUAAAUACACAGUGCACCACCUACAAAAUAAACCUAUCGCUGUGGGGGAAAGUGCUAGUUUGCGAGCACCUAUUAAGGCCACAAUUGCCAACAUUCUGGCACAUUUCUCUCCAAUGUAUACACCGCGUAGGAAAUAACAUACAUUUUGGUGAAUGGGGCCGAACAAAAAAUAGGACUAACGAGGCUAAAUGAAGGCAACAUAAACGAGGCAAUAUAAAACAAUAGAUUAUUUCAUUGCAUCACGGCCCACGAACAUGGCAAUUCGUCGAUUGCCACGGGAGUAAAUCAUUUUAAAAGGAAGCAGCGUGCGAUGGCAUCACCACCGCCGUUGAGUGACACCAGUUGUAGAGUAUACCCAUUUCCUACUUCGCGACACUCACGUGGGUAUAUGCAACAUCUACGUGUUUGCUGGACGCGCAGUCACAUUUUGUGGCGAUUACAAUGUGGCAAAACUUUACGGCAAGGCCGUGGGUUUCGGGGGCCCAUCAAUCAUUGCUCUUAUGAAAAUUCCGACUUGAAACGACGCGCCCACGAAGUUGGAUCGUUGCUUCCGUGGUGGCUUUGCACCCCGUGGCCUGGUUGGACUGGCUCAACCAGUAAGCGAGUCAGCCGUUCUCUCCGAUUGCUCGUGCACGGUCAGUGGAGUAACCGUGCGUGUGCGUGCGUGUGUGUCUGUGCGCGUGUGUGUGUGUCUGUGCGCGCGUGUGUGUGUCUGUGCGUGUGCGCGUGUGUGUGUGUCUGCGCACGUGUGUGUGUGUCUGUGCGCGUGUGUGUGUGUCUGUGCGUGUGCACGGAUAAACGCGAGGGGCGGUCGAAAAGUUUUGGAAGACAGGACGGGAGGAGGUGUAAUGAUAAAUAACUCACGCGUAUUAUUAUAAUUGAACCUCGCGGUUCAACCUCGCGGUUCAAUUAUCCAAUAGAACAAAGGCUGGCGUGAAUAUGUCCCGUCGUGAAUUCGUUUAUUUUUUAAAAGUUGAAUAAGAGCAUAAUAAAACAUAAAAAAAUAGGGUGUCAAUACAAGAUUAAUGUUGGUUUGGCAAGACCUUUAGUUUCGUGUUGCAAAAAACACUUUUCGACCACUCGUGGGCAUGUGUAUGCACGUGGACUGUAUACACACACUCACUCUGACCUCAGCUCAUUCGCUAACAUUUACCGUGUGUAUAGUGGUGCAGGAUGUUAUUUUAUGUAAAUGCACAGCGGAGUAUCACGUGUUAAGGUGAAAAUCCAUGGUCUAGCCACUGCUAGAUGACAUCCUGACCAAGCCGUAACCAUAUCUCGCAAUGUAACAGUCCAUUUGUCUCCCACGCACGGGGUAAUUUCACCGCUCCAUCUCUGCAGUCUGCAGGUGGCCUGCCUGGCGUUUCCUUUUGACUGCCUCUCCGUCAUUCUAAAUGUAAAAAUCUGACAUUGCACAAAAUGCAGCGAUUGCAUGAAUAACGCACAACACGAUGAUAAUAAUAAUACUGGCGUGGUGAUCAAUACAGUAACUUAAAUGACAUUGACAUUAUACAUCGUAUCUCAAUGAAAACGUGUGCAGAUUCAUUCUAUUAAACGGAGGUCGGAGUUGUGUUAAAAUCGCACAGUCUUAGAGGAUGCGAUAUCUCCAUGGAAAUUUCAAAACGCGGCUCAAAGACCCAUCGAUCAGUCAGUACCGGAUGCAUUGAGCUAAAUGAUCAUGACCUCUCUGGGUUGGAAAUGGGAUUUGGCAAUUCAACCAUAAAGUAGAGUGCAAUGUCUUGUUCUAGUUGAUGUAAUUUUGGAUUGAACCCCAUGGGAUUUCCCCUGGGAUUUAAAUAUCGCUGGUGGCGCCCCAUAUAGUACGACUGUUCCAACUCCCUUAAACAGUCUGGCACAACUCGCGUUACUUCGCGAGGCCACGAAUCUUGGCUCCCACUUUUGAUUAGCAAAACAAGCAAGUACCUGCGCUUUCCCCUGGUGCACCGUGUGAGGACGCGGUCAAUAAAGCGAAUGGAAUGAUUGAUGGUGCUCCACUCGCUUCCUUCCCCGUCCGAUGCAUUUGGCCCUCCGUACAGCACACGCGGGCGGAGGCAAGUUGCGCAGCCACAAAAUUUGCUAAUUAAAGCUCAGCUUAAUUAC